AUGACCACGACCACGACCAUCCAUUCGUUUCCAGUUGCUAUCUCAGCAAAGUAUCUCUGUAUUUGUUGGUAUCCAAAUCUUGUCCUGGGAGGUUGUGGUGUUCUCCUGUGGGUAGUAGACUCAAAGCGGGCUAGCGAGAUCUGUCAGCCACAGUGUGGCGCAAAUACCACGAUCGCAAAACACGACACGACGUCAUUGCCCGUUGUGUCAUCUACCUCGUUCCAUUACACCCACAGCAGCAUCCAUUGUCCACGAGUGAAGUUUCCCAAGGAAACCCAAGACAUCUCAACUCCUUCUCUGUCGCCUCUGGGAACCUACGCCCCUCUCUGUGUCUCAGUCGCGUUGUCAUCUCGCUCUGCCAGUAUAAUUCCAAGGAUACAUCCUAUGGUGGAGGUCACGAUGACUACGCGGCGCAAAAUCGAUUCCUCCGACGACACCACCGUGCCCCUUUCAACCAGCAUGCCCGCCGUCACGCCUGCCGCUUCGGCGCGUCGCUCGCCUUUCUUACCCACCCGCCUCGAAGCCCUCCUCAUUGCCAUCUACCCUGCCACCCUCCUUCUCGGCAGUAUAUUCAGCAUCGUCUCCCCAGCUGCGCGCGCCGCCCCCUACUCCGCCGACUCGCAAUCACACCUACCCGAGUUUGCGCCCAGCUACUUUGCGCAAAAGAAGAACGUCUUCAAUGUCUACUUUGUCAAAGUAGGAUGGUUCUGGACAACGGUCGCAUUUGCAAUGUUUGUCACUCUUCAUCCUAGCUUUGGGCGUGGCUUCAGCAAGAGACGUGUCCAGGCGGUGCUGAGAUAUGCGGCCGUGACGACGUGGUGGACGUUUUUGACACAGUGGUUCUUUGGGCCACCACUUAUCGACCGCGGCUUCCGGUUUACGGGCGGCAUGUGCGAGCUCAUUCGUGAUCCCGAUGCGAGGGCGGACAUGUCAGAUGCGAAGGAGUUCAUCACAGCCGCCACGUGCAAGGCUGUGGGUGGAACGUGGAAGGGCGGCCAUGACAUCUCCGGACACGUUUUCCUCCUUAUCCUCGGCUCGGCGCUGCUUUGGCUCGAGUUUCUGCCGGCAUUAACGCGCAUGGAGGGUCUGCGAGAUGGCCGCCUCAUCACGCUUGCAGAUGGCAAGGUGGCCAGUGUGAUUGUGGAGAAGGAGCGGGUCAAGGAGGAGGGAGAUGCUACGACAAAGGGUGUCAAGUUUGCUCUGGGUGUUGCUGGCCUCAUGUGGUGGAUGUUGCUCAUGACGGCCGCCUACUUCCAUACCUGGUUCGAGAAGUUUACGGGCCUGCUUGUGGCUUUUGCGGGGCUUUGGACUGUCUACUUUCUUCCCCGCGGUGUUCCGCAGAUUAGAACUUGGUUGGGAAUGCCUGGCGUAUAG